UGAAUUGAAGCCACCAUAACAUAAAUCAAAACUCAAAACACAACAACAACAACAAUGAUAUGACAAUUUAGACGAGAACUUACAAAUCCACUCGGAUUCAUUCUGAAGAAUGGCAUCUUAUUUCGAUGAACAUGGCUGUGAACCAACUGGGGAAACUGGUCCUGAAUUAAAUACUCUGCUACGAUGGGCGAGGAUUCUAAUAAAUGAUGUUAGGCAGUAUGCUGAAAGAGAAGGUUUGGAACUCCCACCUGAUAUCAGAAAAGCUCCUCCUGCUUCAAAGGAAUGUGUUGCUAAUUUGAAGGAGACCAACGUUUUAGAAGACAGAUCAGAGAAGUGUCCUAUAUGCCUGCUGCCCUAUCGAAGGGGAGAUGUUACAAAGACUCUACCAUGCACCCAUGAAUUUCACCAGACUUGUAUCCUACCAUGGCUAGGCAAGACCAAUUCCUGUCCCCUAUGUAGACAUGAGUUACCCACAGAUGAUGAAGAUUAUGAGGAAUACAAAAAACACAAAGCACGGGCCAAGCAGAGACAGUUUGAAACGGAGAGCCUUCACAACUCUAUGUACACAUGAUGGAGAAGAAAACAUGAAGAGUUCCGUUCCAAAAUAUGCUACAUCCACAAAACUAAGUUCUGAGAAAAACAAGGGUUUUUAAUUAAUAUGCCUAUUUUGCAAUAUCAGUUUGAAAUGAAACUCAUUCCCAUGGUGUAUUGGGAUGACAUUAUAACUUUAAAAAAAAAAUUAGAUUCCACAGUUUUAAUAGUGCAAUAAAUUGAUUACUUUUAAAAAUCUGUUGAUGUAGCUAGCACGUCUUGUAACAGAACUCUGGGUCCCCCAAGCGUGCAGUGUACUGAGUGCCGCUCACCACCUUCUACUGUGUGGGAAACUGAAUAUCAGUGCGCGUUCAUUCGUGCACGUCAUGCUGCUCUGUGAUUGGUCGGUUUCUAAAGCAGGCCACUCUAUCGUGUUCGGGAACUGAACUGAAAUGGAUGUAGCAUGUUUUGGAACCAAACUCAGUUUGUUGAUGUCGGAUCUUUUUAUAUUCUCAUAGAAAACUAAUGUUUUUUGUUUGUGUCUACUUAUAUAACGACUAAAAAUAAGUAUAUUCAUGCCAAAAAUAAGAAGUCUAUGUUGUUAAAAAGUUGAUGCUGCAUGUUUCGGAACUAAAUUCUUAAAAUACACUACACAUGUGUAUAUUGUUUUAUAAGUAACAGUACAGGUCGAUUCCAUAAUAGAAAAAAAGACAAAUUUGAAUUAAUUUUCCAGCAAUAAAUUAUGCAUGGAAUUGCUGAAGUUGUGUUAGGGCAAUCAUAAACAACUGUCAAAAGUCCAAACUCUUUGAUGCGGGCCCAUCAAAUAAGACUAUAAUAUGUACUGGAUCCAUGUUUGUUUACGUGUUGUCAAAAUGAAUACUGGUAUAAAUGCCCUUCUUGUUCCAGGCCAAAGACUUUGUAAAGAUUGUAUUUUGAUGAUUAAAAAACCCAUGCCCAGGAAUAUUAUAUUUACUCCUUUUCAAACUAAAUUUUGGCUUUUUCUUCGUGAAAUUCCCUGGGGAAAAUCUCGGAAUUGUAUGUGCUCCAUUGGCUGGGUAAACAGAGAAAAAAUACUGGAGUACCUUUCACACCAACCUCAGUUCUCCCGAGGAAGUUGCCAUUUGAUUAGGAAUCCCACGAUUGAUGUGUUCUUAUAAGUAAGGUCUGAUUCAUGGCAUGGAGUUUGGAAGCAUGUACGUGGCUAUACACCUAUCAUCAGGGGGGCGUUUCUAAAAACUUGUCAUCAGUGACAGAUGACAGUUUUUGUUAUAAGCUAGUGAAAUCCUUGCUUCUGAUUGGUUAUCAGCACAUUUGUUACUGAUUUUUGUCAUUGAAAAAAAAGUUUUGUGAAACGCCCCCCAGGACGAGCGAGAGUUAGGCGUGUGUAAUCUGUGAGAUCGGGCGGGAGUGAUAUUUGACCUCCUACAUAUUUCACUGGGGGGGGGGGGG